AAUUUUUUUGGGAGUGUGGAACGGAUUAAUUCUAUUCCCAUUACAGUAUUUCUUAUGGGAAAAUUCUUUUCGACUUACGAUAUUUCGACUUAAGAUACGUCUCUGGGAAUGGAUUACCAUCUUAAGUGAAAGCCCCACUGUAUAAACAUUUGAGAGUGGUUUGUGUACUCACGGCCAACGCUCGGCCUACUUUGCAGAUUAAUAAAUUUGUAAAAAUUACAUUUAUUGUCCGUAAUAUGGGACUGAUUUUAAAAUGCGUGUUAUGAUAUUGCAAACGAUUUGAUACCAUAAUCAAUGACACAGCAUGAAAAUUGAGGUGAGAAAGCUGAAAAGAGUGUAAACAUUUGAAUGUGGUUUGUGCGCUCACGUCCAACGCUCGGCCUACCUUGCGGUGUGUGACGGGUCACAUGCCGGGCAUGAGAAAGUGUUAAUGCAAAUGAAGCAAAAGGACUCUCCCAGGUCCUCAUCACAACUUAUAGUUUAUUUGUAACUUAAUAGGCUUGUAUAGGUGUUGAAGGUACAUAGAAGCAGUUACUGUAUAUGUGUUAAAGAGUAGCAUGGAGUGGUUUCACAGAAACACAAGAGUAACAAUUAACUAGGACAACCAUAGUUUAUACAAGAACUUGCUUGCUAAUACACAGGGGACUUGAUUACUCGAAAUUGGUGUUGUCAAAGCUAAAUUGCUUUAGAAAGACAUGGAACAUCUAACAGAUCGAUAACAGUUCCCUUAGGAACAAAACCUCGCUUAAUAUUCGUUAAGACAAUCAAUCAAAUAUCUCGGCUGCCUAAUCACUUCCUGUAUGAAAACUAUGGAAUAAGAGUUCAAUAGGAUACUUGAGUAAUCAUAUAUACAUGUACAAUGAAUCACAAUACUCAGUCAAUGGGACAUAUAAUCAUGAACAAAAUAACAAACACAUGUUCAUUGUCAAAGGGACAGCCGAUAAAACAUAGCAGGUGGAAGCCAAAUGUGUGGUAUGUGACACGACACAUCCAAUAACAGGUUCAGUAUGAUAUUAUGACAUAGCCAAAUCUUGUGUUCACCAUCUGGUACUUCUUAUCUUCUUCACCUGUUCUCCAACACCUGCAACAGGUCUUCACCUGUUGCAGGUGUUGGAGAGGCGAGAAUAACUGGCAGAUCACAAAGAACUGCAUGCAGAGAGAUGAUAAUAAAACAAGAGAUUCUGUACUUAAAGUGGCCAAGCCUCAUUCACACACUCAUACAAUACUCAUACAAGCAGCUCCAUAGGUAGUCUGGUAGCUGGUACUCAUGCUAGUCUGCACAAGGCACAUGCAUGAAGUUCACUGGAGUAUGGUGAUUAUCUCGGCACUGCUAUGUGCGAGACUUCAUUGGAGUGGUACUGGCAUUCUUCACUUCUGCACGUGGUAGUGUGUAAAAAUACACAUAACAGGAGGCAGAACAUAUUUAUAAUUGCACAUGAUAACAUGAGAGGUAUACAUGUGGCUGAUGUAGCACGGUUGGUGAGAAAGCGACGGCUGGCAACACACAAGCGGUGUGGCAGCAGGACACAAAAGAAUGGCACACGGGCAGAUGCACAUUUCCCAUGAAACAGGUGUUGUGGCAAAAUCUAUACUGACAAUAUGUGGGGGCACUUCCACAAUCAUUUAAUGUUCACUGAAACACUUCCCACCAUUUACUGUCAUGGAUAACUUAGAUAUUCUAGGAUCACUAUGGCACACUGGAACAUGGUUACCUUCCUCUCUCUCACUACCUCAUGGUGUGUCUGAGUUCAUGUUAAAUGAUUAUCUUUAAUAUAAAUGACAAAUGUGAUUCUGGACAUAUGUUAGAUAUAACAAGGAAAGUAUUUUGUAAUGUUAACUUGACAUGUAGAGGAUCUUAUUGAAGCAAUAAUGUUUAUUGGCUGACUGAUAAUAUAUACCCAUAUCUUUCUUGAAAGGCUUUCCUGACUAGAAUGCCUGAGCUGGCUAUGUGAGGACAUCAUCAGGGCCUCCUGGGAGUAAGCAGUCAAGAUUUCAGAUUUGCCAAUUAGGGAAAUGGUGCACAUGCCUGCCUCAAUCACAUAAUCCUAGGCAUAGGUGACGUGAGGUAUGACAUCAUGAAUUCAUCAUGACUCGUGGUUGAACCUUUGGAAAACUGACCGGAAGUCUCUCCUUAUCUGAUCCUUGACUGGGGACUUACUCUGUAGCACAAAACAUGGCUGACCUCUCUGGCACUGUUCUAUUGCAUGAAUACUUCACUUCGUCCUAGUUAAUCACUCGAUGGGCACACAAUGACCAUUGGGCAAUAACUUCUCUAUAUCAACCAGUGUUUCACAUAUACACCCAAAAUGCUAGGUCUAUCCCCCAUGUAUACUAGGACAUGCACGUAAGAGUGAAAACCGGGCUGGGAUUGCUGCAUCUGCAUCAACCCAUCUGUCACCUAUGGAAAACCAAUCUCUCACAGGUUGAUCCAACACAAGUAGCUAGAACCAGGACAACCUGAACAAGCCACAUGAAAUGAAGAUGGAAAGAGACAAUACAAUAUAAGAAAAGCAAAUGGAAAACUGAUAACCUUAACAUGUGUCGUGAUGGCUCGUUAAGACAUCACUGUGUGGAAGCAGAAGUGACCUCCUGAACCAGUGCCUCUCAUACAGUCACCAAAAUGCUGUCCAACUCUCGCAAAAAAGAUACAACGGCUAGUUGUGAUAGCCUAGUAGGAAAAUACAUAAAAAAAGAAUCUCCUCCAGAGGUGCCCAUUAUAAAUGUUUGGCCUAAUGCAAGUCAAAAUGACAUGAGGAAAAGAAAGAGCACCAUCACCCCACCAUACGUUAGCAGCAGCAACCCACCAUCUCACCAAUCCUCACCAAUGGUGCAAAAAUAUUCUACAAGCUCAAGAACACCAUUGAAUGGCAUGUCUCAUGGAGGGACAGAGGGGAAAUACACACCUAAUGUUGGGGAAGUUGUGCAGCGUUUAGGUGGCAUGUAUUUAGGAAGCCGAGGCAGUUUAGAUGGAUUAUUGCAGCAGCAGGCACCUUCUUCUCCAGCUAUGUUUAAUCAUACAUAUAUAAAUCAUUAUACUGGUUCACAACACAGUCUGGACCAAAUAUUGUAUGGUCCAAAUCAUAUUAGGUCUCCUUUGGAUCAGACAGCACAAGGAGUAAGCUACUCAUUCUUAGUGCAGUCUGGACAAAAGCAAUUAUCUCAGUCAAACACUCACAUGGGAAGUGGAUCACCACAGCCUCCCUCUCCAAGAUUAGAGCAAGAGCUUCCACUUCCUCCUGGUUGGUCUGUUGAUUAUACAUUAAGAGGUCGAAAGUACUACAUUGAUCAUAACACUAAGACAACACACUGGUCACACCCUCUGGAGAAAGAGGGGUUACCAGCUGGGUGGGAGCGAAUCGAGUCUCUUGAACAUGGAGUUUACUAUGUUAACCAUAUCACUCGACAAGCUCAGUAUGAACACCCAUGUGCACAGCAGUAUCUUCCAAGAAUUCCUGAGAACACAGUUUUAGGACCACAUAGGGCCUUACCUAUUCCACAUCAUACAGAUUUUCGUCAGCCUUUAUCAUUAAUGCCAGCCUCGCCUUACCUGCAUGAAGAGAUACCUUAUUGGCUGCGUGUAUAUUCCCAAGCAUCUCCGGAUCAUGAUCAUAAGUUAAGAUGGGAACUUUUCAGAUUACCUGAGCUUGACUGCUAUCAAGCCAUGCUGAACAGACUUUUUAAACAUGAACUUCAUGGCAUUGUUAUGAGUUAUGAGAUGUAUCGUAUUGCACUAACUCGUGAAAUUGAGCGAAGGAUGCAACAAAUGAACUUGCCAGCUAGAGCAGGAAGUGGUAGUGGAGUAACUAUUACAGAAAUAAGUGAUGAUGAUGCUCAUAGUGAAAAUGUGUCUACACCAGAACAUUUCAAGCAACAGAUUUUAAAUGCUGACAACUUAUUUGAAUCCAAAGUGAGGAGAGUAUAUCAUUUGUAGUGUAUAUAAGGAUCCACGGACCAGUUUAGAUACAGUGCUAUCCUUUUUCUGCCGCUUUCAAAACUUCAAAAACAUACAAGACAGUUCAAGACGAUGUCCAUAAUCACAAGUAAAACCUUGCUAGGGGAGAAAAGAGGCAAGAACUUGUAACCAGCAAUGGGGUUGGAUUGGUAUGCCGAGUCAUCUGCUAUAUGGAAGUUGUUCAAGACAAUUUUACAAAAAUGGGAAAAACACUGCAUUACUCUUCAUUCAUUAGCAGAUCAAAUUAUGGGACUGGAAAGGUGUGAAAAGGAUGGCAUCAAUGUACCACAGGAAACAUUUUUAGCAGUCCAGAUUACCAUAGAGUCCAAGAUAAUGGAAGAGCUGCAGAACCUUGUGGGGAAUAUACAUGAAAUGGAAGUCCAGCACAUAGCCAUGACCUCCCUCCUUGGUAAAGUAACAGCUAGAUGCCAGUACCUGCUGGAGCGGCAUAAUAAAGAUACACCAGAAUUCCAGCAGUUGCAAACUAUUGAUUCUGUUAACAACCAUAUGGCAGUUAUGAUUGCUAUGAAAAAGGUUCCUCUUCAGAAGGCAAAAUUUGAUGAUCUACAGUCUUUGCAGGAAUUUAAGCAGAUAAACAUUUUGACUAAAUGUAUUGAGAAUGAGUUGGAGAAAUGUUUUUUUUAGAUAUGUUAUAUUAAUAUAUAACAUACAGUACAUAACAAAUACAGUAUUUAUGUUCAUUCUCUCUCAAAACACUUGUAAUGAACAGUAUAUGUCAAAUUUUCCAACCUGUCAGUCUUCAUUUGUUGCAAAUUUACAGUGGAGGUUUCAAAACUUUUUUUCAUAAAAGUAAAGCAAUGAUAGUUGCUUUACUAAAACAAAUAUGCAGGAAAGAAAGAAAGGUUGCUUUAAUAAUGUCAAGUAUGUACACACACAAUGGUUUAAAAGUUAUUCAAUUAGCAAGUAACAAUAUUAAAUAGGACAUGAACUGUCUUUGGAUGUUAAAAUAAAGUUUUUACGGGAUAACAUUGGUAACUAAACAUAGUGAAGGCCAAAUAAUUUUGCUGUGUUGAAGGAAACUUCAGUUUUUUAUGGUUGCUUUUAAAUGCAUAAAUAGGUUUGGCAGUGAAUCCUAUUAUGUGCACUGAUAAUCAUAUAUAUUCACAUAAUCAGUGGUUGUUAUGUAUUAUACAGUUUGAUAUGGAUAAAAAAAUGCUUUUAGCUGCAAAAGCCAUGGUAUUUGAAAUCUUGGAGUGCUUUCAAUUGUUUAAAUUAUAAGAAAUCAAAUAAUUUGUUGAUAUGAUUAGUGUAUGUGGUUUGCUGAAAACAAAAUUAAGAAAAUAAAUGUUCCUAAGAAAUAUUUAAAUUCUCAAAAGUUACUUCCAUAUCUUUUGCUGCUUGUUCCUCUAUUUGUAAAAAAAAAAAAAAAAUAGGUACAUUUAUAAUGAUCUUCUGAUGAUAGCAGAUGAUUAAUCAUAAAUUAUCAUGAAUUGUUGAUAACAUAGGCUUUGUUGAUGACUACAUGAAAAUGUUACAUCUUCAAUACCUGAACCAAAAUAUAAAAUAACAAAGAAAUAUGGUUGCCAUGUGCUUCAAAACUUAUUGUGCAAGUAAAGGGAAGCAGCAAAUGAUGUGUGAUGAUUGAUACUCAUAAAUAUUAUCUCAAUGAUGAAUAGAAAAUGUCUAUUUAAAAAAUAUUAAUAAUUAUAAUUGGAGUCAGAUGUUACUUUCAUUACAAAUAAAUCUCCUCUUGAAGCUCAAAAGUUAAACUUAUAAUAUAUUCAUUGAAAAUUAAGUCUGUUAUAAUAUGGCCAGUGACGAUUUAAGAUUAGGUAACAGAUUUUAAAUAUUGUAUCAAUAUUAGAUCUAAUAUCCAAUGUCCAUGCAGUGUUUGCAUGAGAGCAAAUGAACUGCAAAAAUUUUUUAUUUCUUUAUUUUUGUAGAAAUUCUGAUGCAUUGAAACAGCUAGAUAAUGAAUAAUUAGAUGCAGUUUUUCAUUGCUCUAUUUUUUGAUGAACAAUAGCAAUUGCUCUACAUUCUUAAGAUGAAAAAAAUGUUGAUACACUUGUUGAGAGUUUCACUAAUAAUCAUCAGAGUAUUUAUAUAUAUAUAUAUAUAUAUAUAUAUAUAUAUAUAUAUAUAUAUAUAUAUAUAUAUAUAUAUAUAUAUAUAUAUAUAUAUAUAUGUAUAAUAUAAAGUAAGUUACUGUAUAUUGCUUUUAUUUUCAUUGUUGGGGAAUCCACUAAGCAUUGAAUUUUCUACAUAUAAAAGGUCUUAUGUGGAGAGCACAUUUUGUGGGAAAUUCAGCUUCUGUAAGUCUGCAAAUUUUAAUGUUAAUUAUGUUAUAAGAGGUUUCUUUGAUGUAUUUUAAAUAUAAUAGAGGUGUGGUUUGAGCAUAAAAAAUGUAUGGUGCUGUUUUUAUUAAUACAUACACUUGAAUAUCUUUGAUGCCUUGCUCCCUCCUGGAGUUAUCCUUCAGAGGGGAAUGUAACCAUAAGUCUCCAAGAGUUCAGUGUAUUCAUCAUAAUGAUUUGCUCACAAUAAUAAUUGUCACAAAGA